AUGGACCACCAUGGUGAUACGGCUGACCUGUCCCAGUUGCCACCCUAUCUGCAAGCGACCAUACAUCAGCUCGGAAAGGACCUCGGCCAAGUUCCACUCCAUCUUCCCUACGGACCACCCCUACGAGAGAUCAAGUUGUUAUGCGAUCCCCAACAACAGUACACACAUCUCCUGUUGGCUCGUCACAGAUUGACUGAGCAGCUGUCCAACUGUCCAGGCCUAUCUCCAGAGCUUAUCCUACGGCGAGCCGCCGUGUACGAGGCUUUAGGAUACAACGAGCUCGCCCUGGCAGACGCUUACGUGUCGUACACCCUCUGCGAAAUUGUCUUGGAAGGCACAGAUAUCUCGGAUCUCGAGCCCACGGGAUUGAACGGCAACCCAUGGCCGCCGUUGGGUGACAACGCCGUCGCCCUGGCUCACAAGUAUCGGUCUUUGAUCCUGCUGUGUCGAUCCGCUCUCAUCCUGGGCUGUCAACAUCAAGCUAAGCUUUGGAUCGACGACUUGCUUGAUCUGACAGACGCCUCACAGACGACCGGCGAGAAAAACUUAGACGCAGAGCAAGAUGCCGUGGUGGCAGACUUUUGUGAUUUCUUUGCUAUCUACAGGGAGGAUGGCAGCUUUCAACAGAGCGUCUCGGAACUCAGACGGAAUCCCAAGCCGACUCUCUUUGGCCAGAGUCAGCGGCAAGUGUAUCCCUGGAACGAACAUGAACCUAAUAGGAUGUCUCGAGGAGCUCUGGAAGAGAUCAACACAAAGCUUCGGGAGGUUGCCGAUGGCCUCGAGGUGGAAAUAUCGGUUUUGCCGAAUUUGACCUCAUCGAGCAGUCCUCCGAAUGAGACGGAGAGGCCAUCGCAUCCUGACAGAAGAACGUCUGGUUCUACGCCGUCUGAGAAUUCUUCUCAGUUGGGCCUCUUUGCCAAAAGAGAUUUGUCACCAGGGUCGACGAUCCUGGAAGAAAGAUCGGUAUUGACUGCUAUUCGACCGCAUGGAGAAGCUCUUUGUGAUGCCUGUGCCGCUAAUAUGGAGAGUAUCCAUCCAGAGGAUCGAUUCUACUGCACGGGAUGCAACAUCCCCUUCUGCUCUGAAGCUUGCUACUUGGCUGCAAAGCGCAAAUAUCACACGUCUAACGACGAAGAUGAUGAGACAGAUGAAGGUUACCCGCCGGCUAACAGCCCCUUUUGCCCUGGAACCCAUGGAAAUGAAGAUAUACACAUUCUUGGUCGUGCAGAAGGUUCUACGACUCCCGAAUGGGAUUUGUAUUUCCUACUACUGUCACGGACAAUGCAGAUGGCCGAGACUCAGAAAGUUCAUCCCCUUGAUCUGUUUGAGAUCAAAUAUCUCUGGGGGGACUUCUCUCCCGUGCCCGAACUCGGCAAUCGGCCUGCGCAAAGUGGGCCUAAAACAUUGCCGUACUGUGUCCGUCAUCAUGUCGAGCUCCCUCUCCAGUGGUUUGAGGUUCUCAUGCACUCACGAGAGGAAUGUAGGCCGUAUAGUGCGCACUGGCUGAAGAAGUACGACUGGUGGAUCAUCCAGACUCUCUUUGCCAAAUUUCGAGGAGUGGCCGACGCACAACAAUCAACCUGGACCGGUAAGCCGGAAGUGGCUGCGGUACAUCCUCUUUGGUGCCUAGCAAAUCAUAGUUGUAACCCCAAUGUUACCUGGAAACCCUCUGGGGUGAGAAGCCUGACGGUGGUGAAAGAGAGGAUAUGGCAACCUGGCGGAUCUGAGAACAACGUCGAAUGGACAGGUAUCAAAGCGGGAGAGGAAAUCUGGAAUCACUACACUGAUAUCCAUGAAAAGGACUUUCGGCGGCGAAGGGACAGAUUACAAGCAGUGCUGGGGGGAGACUGUCGAUGUGAGAGAUGCACCGUCGAAGCCAGCCUGGCGGAGUGGCACCACGACGAAAACGCGGCCGUUCACAUCGCACCGGAUCCACGGUGGCUGGAAUGA